UGUAGUUCUGACAGUUCACCCUAGAAGAGGUUAUUUUUUACUAACAAAACAACAAGAAACGAAAAAGGCGAAAAAUUAAAUAGCUGACAAAACAAUUAAAAUACGGAUUGAAUAUGAGUAACAUAUACGUACUAGAACCACCUACCUCUGGAAAAAUAUUAAUGAAAACAACUGUUGGUGACAUUGAUAUUGAGUUAUGGGCUAAAGAAACUCCAAAAACAUGCAGAAACUUUAUACAGUUAUGUUUAGAAGGUUAUUACAACAAUUUAAUUUUCCAUCGAGUAAUUCCUGAUUUCAUUGCACAAGGAGGUGAUCCUAAUGGCGAUGGCACAGGUGGAGAAUCAAUAUAUGGGGAACCAUUCAAGGAUGAGUUUCAUCAAAGACUUAAAUUCACACGAAGGGGAUUACUAGCUAUGGCAAAUGCAGGUAAAGAUGAUAAUGGUUCUCAAUUUUUCUUCACUUUGGGUGCAACACCUGAGUUACAAAACAAACAUACUAUAUUCGGUAAAGUAACAGGAGAUACAAUAUUCAACAUGUUAAAGUUACAAGAUGGGCUUAUAGAAGAUGAAAAACCAGUAUAUCCUCAUAAAAUAUUGAAAACAACAGUUCUGAACAAUCCUUUCACUGAUAUAGAACCCAGAGUGAAAAAAGUAAUUGAAAAAAAGCAAACAAAGAAAGAAAAAAAAGUUGGGGUAAAAAACUUCAAGCUAUUAUCUUUUGGUGAUGAAGCUGAGGAAGAUGAAGAAGAAUCAAAAAGAGAAAAUGAAAAACUUGUUGCAAAAGGAAAAUCGAGUCAUGAUGUAUUAGACGAUCCAAAAUUGAGUUCUGAAACAGACAUUAUACAAAAUAAAACUGAAGAUGAUGAGUCUGAUCAUGAGCAACAAUUAGAAAAUAUUAAAAAAAAAUUGAAAGGUUCAGCCAAAAAACCAAUUCCAGCUAAAGCUUCCACAGUAGAUGAUGAAGAUGAAUGGGCCUAUGGUGAAGAUAUUCAAGAAACUAAAAAAAGAAAAGUUGAAGAAUUGAGAAAAGAAAUAGAAAAUGUGAAGAAAGAAUAUCAAACAAAUAAAUUGAAGGCUCAAAAUGAAUCAAAAGAAAAAUUAAAUAAAGAAAAAGAAAAGGAAGGUACUAUGAAGGAUUAUAAUAAUGAAUAUGACAAGUAUAAAGACAAAAAAAAGAGCAUUAUGAAAAAAGGAGCAGAACGAGAACAAUUCACACUCAAUUUAUUAGAGAAAUUCAAAAAGAAACUACGUGAUGCCAAAGAACAAGAGGAGGAGUUGGAAAAGGAAAAGGAAGCUAGCAAAGAGAAAACCAGUGAAGAUAAACAAUGGAUGACGCAUGAAUUUCAUUAUGAAGAUGAUACUCCGGUAUUGGCAAAAGAUGCAAAUACUAAGGAUGAUGAUUGGUUCGAAAUUUAUGAUCCCAGGAAUCCUUUGAACAAAAGAAGAAGGGGGGAAACUUCAACAAAAAGCAAAAAAUAAUUGUAAAUCUAAAUAAGUAUAAAGAUAUUUAAUUUU